AUGCGUGGGCGCAUGUUUGUGAGGGAGGAGGGGGCUUUUGCUGUACUGUGCGAGCUGCCAUCGGCUGUGGAACCCCUACAGGUUCCGGGCACGAUAGCAGUGGAAGAUGGUGAGUGGACGGUAAUAACCACUGGGAGCCAGCCCUCACCAGUCCCUGCCUCUGAUGUAGAGUUUCUAAAGAAAAUGUCGGCCUUUUUGGGGAAAGAGGGAAAGACUUUGGCUGAUAUGCCAGGUCUGUUGGGCCUUGAUCCAGGAGUCCCACACCGGGAGAUUGCUCCUUCACCUGAUGAGUGGGCGAAGGCUUUGGGGCAAGCAUUAGAGAAGGUUAUGCCACCCCACCCUGAGUCAAGCCCCUAUCGUAAACUGAGGUUGUUUUCUGGGGGUCCCACCCCAAUACCUGGGGAGGAAGCAUUUGAACCCUGGCUGGAACACACCACUGAAAUGCUGCAGGAGUGGGUGGUGCCUGAGGCUGAAAAGAGAAGGCGACUAGUAGAGUGCCUCAGGGGGCCAGCCCUAGAUGUGAUUCGCACCCUGAAGCUCAGUAACCCUGGGGUCAAGGUGAAGGACUGCCUAGAGGCCCUUGAUCAUGCCUUCGGGAGAACCGAGGGCUCAGAUGAUGUCUAUUGCAAGUUCCUCAAUGCCAGGCAACAAAAGGGAGAGAAGGUUUCUGCCUAUAUCCAGAGGUUGGAGAAACUAUUGCAGAGAGCCAUCAUGAGGGGAGCAGUGGCAGUUGGGCAAAUGGACCGGACUAGAUUGGCUCAGAUUGUGAGAGGAAUUCAAUAUCAGAACCCAAUCCUUCUCCACCUCCGAUUAAGAGAACGGCAAGACAAUCCACCGAGUUACUCUCAGCUGAUAAAAGAGGUCCGAGAGGAAGAAGAGAGGCAGGCAGCUGGCGAGGUUUGGGAGGUGCAGCCACACCAGGCGACUGGCACAACAUCCAUCCGAACGCCCAAGGCACUGAUGGUGAAUCCUCAAGAGGAACUUACCCAACGAGUGCAGGUCCUGACACAGAAAGUGGCUGAAUUAGAGAAUACCAUCGAUUCAGCAAAUACUUCAAGGUACAAGGAACCCUCCGCUACCACGGUCCAGAAGACUACAUUUAGAACCUCUGCCCCACCGAGGCAACAAGGGAAAGGACAAUCCUUCUUCUGCUACCGGUGUGGCCAGGGUGGGCACAUUGCUGCAAGGUGUCAGAAUGCAGAGAAUCCCACGCUAGUAUAUCAAAAGCUGAGGACCACCUGGGGAAAGUCGGGAAACGGCCCCAGGGCCUGGGAAGGGAGCCGCCUAGGCCUACAGGGUGUGGAGGCUCCCCUGGAAAGAACCAUGCAGCCCGAAUCCCACCAGGAUUGA